AUGAACAUAACGGAGCUGCUACGUUCGUAUCAGAAUCUGGCCGGGGAGCAGGCCAGCCACAUCAAUGAGUAUGUGGCACGGUCGCUGCUGCACGUGGUGCACACGCACAUAAUGAGCAUGACGUCAUCGCUGGUAUUGAUUCUCUGCUGCCGCAACCAGGACACCUGCAACUUCUACAACGAGAUGAUGAUCAUACUCUUCCGCAGCUGGGGCAUAGCUCCGCUCCAGAUUGUGAACGUGAUGCAGGGGAUGCGAGGCCGGCAUAUUCCCGGUCGCCGACACUUCAAUCUGAUAUUCACGGACUCGUAUGCGGCCUUUGCGGAGAUCGAGGCGCGGGAUCAUCUAAUGUUUGCCGAAAUGGGGCGCAUCUUCGAGCACUGCUGGCGCCACCAGCUCAUCAAUUGCAACGUUCAGGUGCAGCGGGCCAACGGGGACAUCCUGGUGUACACCUAUCAACCGUUUGGAGCACACAGCUGCGCCAAUAUGACGCCACAGCUGAUCAAUCGCUACAAUGGCAGCCACAUGCUCCAUCCACAGCUCUACCCCCGCAAACUGGCCAACUUUUUUGGCUGUCCACUUCGCAUCGCACUCUGGCAUAUGCCUCCAUACUGGUUUCUCUCUGACUCUGAUCCUGCUCGCAUCACUGGCGGCAUCGAAGGGCGCCUCCUUCAGACGAUCAGCCAGCGACUCAACUUGAGCAUCCAAGUACGUAAGCCACCUCCGGGACGGUUGCCAGUUCGCAAAAGAAUGCUGCAGAUGUUGCAUCGCGACGAAGCGGAUCUUACCGUGGGUGGCAUUCGACCGACGGUGGCACAUAACCAAUUGGCGACAUCGUCGCACAACUAUUAUCAGACAAGCAUUCGGUUUGCUGUUCUGCGCAGCCAUUAUGAGUUGAGCUCCCUGGACACUCUGCUCUAUCCAUAUCCAAGGAUCAUUUGGCUUGGCAUCUCGCUGGUCUUUGCACUCUCGCUGCUGCUGCUGUUGGCCAUGGACCGAGUGUUGGCAAGCGAUCCGGGCUCCCUUUGGCUGAAUGUGCAGCUAAUCUUCGUAGGCAUGCCAAUGGAGCAGAUUCCACGCUUUAGGUGCAAGCGGUUGUACUGCAUCAUGCUGAUGGUCUACACGCUGCUCAUACGCACCGCCUAUCAGGGAAUGUUGUACCAUUUAAUACGCACCCACCAGUUGAACCGACUGCCCCAGUCCAUUGAGGAGCUGGUGGCCGACAAUUACACAGUGAUCAGUCCAAUCGGGAUGGACGAUCUGCUAGCCGAGAUUCCCACUAUGCGGCACAUGCGAUUUCACACAUUGGAAACGGAAACCACCCUGAUGCAACCUCUAAUUUAUAUAGCAGAGCAUCCUCGAGUCAAGCGACAGGUAGUCGCCAAUGUUGUGGAUGUAUUUCAUUUAUUCAAUCACAUGAGAAGCUGUAAUGCUCAUGUUAAUGAAGAGCGAAAUUGUAAUCAAUUCGAGAUAAUUUCCCAGGACGUGAUCAACCUGCAGAUGUGCAUGUACCUGAGGAAGCACUCAUUCCUGCUCGAUGAGUUCAACGAGCAGAUCAUGUGGAUGCGCUCCGUGGGACUCCUGUCGAUUUGGACGCACUGGGAGCUGGAUGACAGAGUUUCGCAUACAACGAAGCCAUCCAGCGUCAGGUCGCUUGACCUGCUGGAGCUGCAGAUCAUAUUUGCUGUGGUUCUAUUUGGAUUUAUGCUCAGCACGAUUAUUUUUGGCCUGGAAUUACUCUCGCUGCGCUUUGUGCGACUUCGGAUUUGGUUUCAUCGAUAAAGCAUCCACCGAAUAUAUAAUCAGGUUAAACUAAUGCCUGAA